AUGUCUUUCGAAAUCGGAAAGAAAUGCGAAGGUCUUCAUGAAGGCCGUUGGUAUGUUUGUACCAUUCUUGCAUGUGAAAAAGACGGAUAUAGCGUUACGUUUGACGGAUGGAGUCGAAAAUUCGAUACCGUUCUCGCUCCUGAAUUUGUUCGCACGCGCUCUACGAUUGACAGUCGGAAGAGGAAGCCUUGGACUCCGAGCAUAAAUUUCAACAAGCUCCUACCAGAUGACGAGGUAUCAAUCGACGUCGAGGGUUCCAGAAAGCAAGCUUUGGUACAAGUAGUGGAUACCUUCCGUGAGCAGCUGACUGUUGAAUGUGAAAGCGUUCAACUGACUGUCGCUUUCCGUGAUGUACUGCCAUCGCCUGUAUUUACACCCGUAGUCAAACGAAAAAGACCUGCUGCUCCACGCGUCGUCACACCAUCCGAACCAGCGCCAACACCACCACAAGUGCCGACCCCUGUCAGUUAUACAGCUCCGCAGUUCAUGGCCAUUGUGCGACCCGAUGGUACCGAAAUCGGCUGUGGAGAUCUCGUGAACCUCUCACCAAAUGCGGCAGAUGUAGUUUUUCUUGUCCUGGAGGUUUAUCAAGAACAGAUGAGUGGUGACUUACUCAUGAACGCUCAAAAGUGUCAGCUAUCACAUGGUGUCGCUGUUCGCAGUUCAUCCAACUUCAGGCUGACCUGUCCAGUGUCCGAAGUGUACAAGCUUCAAAACCCUAAAUUUUCGCCUCAGUUGAAAAAGGAAGUACUGGAAGUCCGUCAGAGGUCAAUUUUGCGGUUUUCCCAGUCCCUGCAGCUUAACGCAUCCAACCGCUCCUAUCAGCUUCAAGCAAGACGAAAUGACAUCGCGGCCAAGCUUCGCCAAGAGAUCCAGAAAGGAAUGUCUUUAAAGGUUGCUCGCACUUUCACGAUCAGACUGGGCCCAGCUGACCUUCGCCACGACCUUGAGCUCCUUGGGUUGGCCAUUGAAAACAGCUUUAAGGUAGAAAAGCCCAAGAACCGUCUCGCCGAUCUUGAUCCCUUGCUUGGCAAAAACUGGGACAUAAAGCUGAAACAAGACGACCGCUUUUUUUACAUCACUUCCACCGAGAUUGCCCUGGAGAUGCCAUCGCGAACUCUCCUCGUGAAGAUCAAGUUCGCCGAGUCCACCUGCCCCUUCCGGCAAGACAGCUUCCCGUAG